CACACGCCACACCAUGUGAAAUUGCAAGCACACAAAACAGAUGAACAUACACCAAGGACAAUAAUAUUUUGCCAUGAUUUCAUGCCGAUUUGGUGAACUACCCUUGUAAGAGAAACCCAUCAGUGUCAACCCCCAACCAACCACCUUAAAGAGUGAAGACCCUUCAUUGAAUGCCUUGGCCUCUAGACUCCUAGCAUUAUAUUAGUCGCAGCUCUCCUCCAUCCUCUGAAUCUGAAAUUAAUCAAGGCCAAUUUGCUUGCCUAGACCUCACCACAGAAAUGGCUCUUGUGGAAGACAAGCGUGCAGGUGCUGAGAUUGUGCAUGGAGCUCAAGAGUGCUACCAACAGUCCAUAGAUCUCUUGGAAGAGCUGGGAUUUCCCAAAGGUGUUCUUCCCCUGCAAGAUCUGGUGGAGUGUGGAAGGGUGAAGGAAACUGGGUUUGUGUGGAUGAAGCAGAAGGCGCCAUACGAGCACUUCUUUGUUGGGUCGAACACGCGUGUGAGCUACGCGACUGAGGUGACUGCGUAUGUGGAGAAGGGCAGGAUGAAGAAGAUGACCGGGAUCAAGAGCAAGCAGGUGUUUCUUUGGGUGCCUAUUAGUGAGAUGAUCAUGGAAGAGCCAGCAACCAAGAAGAUCACUUUCAAGACUCCGAUGGGGCUCGGAAGGACUUUUCCGGUCACGGCUUUCAUGACCGAGGAGGAGAAGCAGAAGUAUCUGGAGAAUGGUAAUUGAGUAAACUUGGGAUGUCUAGCUACUAGGUUAUGGUGGUAAAACUUGGGAUUGCUAGAAUGUUAUGGUGUAACAUCUCGACUUUUGAGUAUUCUAUCUGAAGUGCUGAACAAAUCUAAAUCGGAGGUCUAUGCAGACAUAAUGUGUUAGGUUUUCAUACUUGUAAUUUGAAUUUAUGAUCUUAUGAAUGUUAUUUUCGAGUUCAGGUAUUAAUUUGUUA